AUGAAUUGGGUGAUUGGUAACAGGUGCACGACACACUUUUGGAAAGAUAAAUGGCUCUCAGGGCAAUCGUUACUGGAGCUGACAGAGAUCCCAGAGGCUCUUACUGAGUCACGGGUGUCUAAUCUAUGGCAGAGCAGGUCUGGUUGGUUGCUUACCCAGAUUGAGUCAUAUGUCUCGGUGGACACAAGACUAACAUUGGCAGCAGUGGUGGUGGAUGAAGUCACGGGAGGCAGGGACAGAAUGUCUUGGGGAUUGACACAGGAUGGCGAAUUCUCAAUCACCUCAGCGUAUUCCUUUCUCACUCAGGAUGCCAGACCGCGACAGUGUAUGACUGGACUAUUCACACGGGCUUGGCAUGUGGCGGUCCCAGAGAGAGUCAGAGUCUUCCUAUGGCUGAAGUGGAGAGGAAACUAUCAUACAUAUCUUAAGAGAUUGCCCUGCAAUGGAAGGGGCUGGAAAUGGAGAUGUGGCAAUGCAUUCGGAUCAAAUGGGAAGUGUCGUGACCGUGUGAAGUUCAUAAAGGACAUUGCCAAAGAAGCUGCAUCAGCUUAUGCCUUGAAACCCGACAGCGGAGGUAUGAGAAACAGAGUGGAACGACAGAUAGCACGGAAGCCACCAAUGCAAGGCUGGUCGAAGAUCAAUACUGACGGAGCGUCGUUGUAA